GGAACCACCCAUUCUGAAGUGUAAACAAAACAUCAGAAUGAUCAGAUAACAACAAACAAACCAAAAAACCGGUGGCCACAAUUCUUGUAGCCUAUGCCAGUGUGCCAUGAGACAUCAUCAUUAACAAACAACAACUUAGCUACUGCUACUUCUUCUUCUUCUUCACACACCAUUCACUCAUGAUCACUACAUGCAGAACCUCUUCUUCUUCUUCUUCUUCAAGCGUCAAUCCACUUUCUCUACGUUCUUCCCUACAUUCCAAACAACCAUUUCUAUCUCUGAGUCUCCUCUUUUUUCCUCGCAACUUUCACAAGGGCAUUGCUCUCUCCUCAGCAACACAGUGCAAACCCAGAAGCCAUUUGAGUGGAAAAGAUGGAAACUUGAAUAAUGGGUUUGAAGAAGAGAGUGACCGUGAGGUUCACUGUGAGCUACAAGUUGUUUCUUGGAGAGAAAGGAGAGUUAAAGCUGAGAUUUUUAUCAAUGCUGAUAUUAAUUCCGUUUGGAAUGCUCUCACUGAUUAUGAACACCUUGCUGAUUUCAUACCAAAUCUUGUUUGGAGUGGGCGUAUUCCCUGCCCAUUUCCUGGAAGGAUAUGGUUAGAGCAAAGAGGAUUUCAAAGGGCAAUGUAUUGGCACAUUGAAGCUCGUGUUGUCUUGGAUCUUCAAGAAUUCCUCAAUUCUGAAUGGGAUCGAGAACUUCAUUUUUCGAUGGUUGAUGGAGACUUUAAGAAGUUUGAGGGUAAAUGGUCUGUGAAAUCUGGAACAAGGUCGUCAUCAACUAUUUUAUCUUAUGAGGUUAAUGUGAUACCAAGAUUCAAUUUCCCAGCUAUUUUCUUGGAAAAGAUUAUCAGAUCAGAUCUUCCUGUAAACCUCCGAGCCUUGGCAUAUAGAGUUGAAAGAAAUGUAUUGGGAAAUCAGAAACUUCCCCUGCCAGAAGAUGACUUGCACAAAAAGUCUUUGGUUAUUAAUGGAUCUUCUGUCAAAAAGAUAAAUGGUUCUUUGCUUGAAAACGACAAAUUGGCAGCUGGAGAGGAUAAAGAAGGUUUGGACACUUCAAUUUCUGGUUCAUUGCCCACGUCUUCCAGUGAGUUAAACUGCAAUUGGGGUAUAUUUGGAAAAGUUUGUAGCCUUGACAAGCCUUGUGUAGUAGAUGAAGUUCAUCUCCGGAGAUUUGAUGGACUUUUGGAAAAUGGAGGUGUUCAUCGUUGUGUUGUUGCAAGCAUAACAGUUAAAGCUCCUGUUCGUGAAGUAUGGAAUGUAAUGUCUUCCUAUGAGACUCUUCCCGAGAUAGUUCCAAAUUUAGCAAUCAGCAAGAUUUUAUCACGAGAUAACAAUAAAGUCCGCAUUCUUCAGGAAGGGUGUAAGGGCCUUCUUUAUAUGGUGCUUCAUGCUCGUGUUGUGCUAGAUUUGUGUGAACAGCUAGAACAAGAGAUCAGUUUUGAACAGGCUGAAGGUGACUUCGACUCGUUCCAGGGAAAAUGGACUUUUGAGCAACUAGGAAAUCACCACACACUGCUAAAGUACUCUGUGGAGUCAAAAAUGCGAAAGGAUACUUUCCUUUCUGAAGCUAUCAUGGAAGAGGUCAUUUAUGAAGAUCUGCCAUCAAACUUGUGUGCAAUAAGAGACUACAUUGAAAACCGGAAAUCAUCGCAGUUUUCGGAAGUUUGUGAGCAGAAUUCAAAUUCAGAAGAACAAAUUAUUUCAUCUGGCUCUGUAGAUGAUAGUAACUGUAGUUCAGCUGAUGAUUUUUCUGAUUGUAAUGUUCAAAGCUCAUCUAAUCAAAGGUCAAGAGUUCCAGGGUUACAGAGGGAUAUUGAAGUCCUAAAAUCCGAACUCCUGAAAUUUGUUGCUGAAUAUGGUCAGGAAGGGUUUAUGCCAAUGAGGAAGCAGCUUCGGUUACAUGGAAGAGUGGAUAUUGAGAAGGCUAUAACUCGGAUGGGUGGAUUCAGAAAGAUUGCAACCAUAAUGAACCUCUCUCUAGCUUACAAACACCGCAAACCAAAGGGUUAUUGGGACAAUCUUGAAAAUUUGCAGGACGAGAUAAGUAGAUUCCAAAGGAGCUGGGGAAUGGACCCGUCACUUAUGCCCAGUAGGAAGUCAUUUGAACGCGUUGGUCGCUUUGAUAUUGCACGAGCACUGGAAAAGUGGGGUGGACUUCAUGAGGUUUCUCGCCUUCUGUCCCUAAAGGCGAGGAGAAAAAGAAGCAGUCAAGACAAGGAUAAGAAAAAUGAUGAAACAGAAUCAGCAGAUGUAGAUAGUGAGAUCAAUACAGUAACCAGACCCUAUAUUUCUCAAGACACACACAAGUGGCAUACAGAACUAAAACAGUUGGACAUAAAUUGGGUUGAGUAAACAGAGUAUAGUAGUUUUUUUUUGUGUAAACCGGAUAUUCUCCGCGAGCAACUGCAGAGACUAAAUUUCUCAAGCCUUGUCGAACCCAAAUGGGAAACACAGUAUAGUAUUCAUAUAUGUGUUCAUUGCCUUUUAAUUUAAGACAACCAUGUGUUGAUAGUAA